CAAAAUAAAAGUCAGAGAAGAAGACAGGGACAGCAUUGUGUCUUCUUGAUUCAUUUUAACAGAGCUAAUGGAGAGUUCGAUUCUGAUCAUUCUGUUCAUUAUCCCAGGUGUCUGGAGUGGAAACUGGGGUGUGACCUCUACGGAUCAGUGUGCUCUGAAAGGAACAUCAGUGUUAAUAAAGUGCGAGUAUGACUAUCCUUCUGGUCUUGUUGUCACUGGAGUGGCGUGGUAUCAGAGACAGAGGAUAUCGGGACUGGUUCACCUUUCAAAGAUACGUUCAGCCCCUGAUCACUUUAGAUAUGUGGGCAACAAGUGGUCUAACUGUAGUCUGAGGAUUAAUGAUGUUCAAAGCUCCGAUGCUAGAGAAUACUAUUUUCAAUUUAAGACAACCUUAAACAAUAAAUGGUUGAGCCAGAGACCUGCUCUUUUGACUGUCACAGAGUUGACUGCUUUUGUCGAGCCGAGCACUGUGACAGAGGGAGAUUGCGUCAAUCUGGCCUGUGUGUCAGGGUGUCCUUCACAUGUAGACGUAGUUUGGUUCAAAGACGGACAACCUGUAGCAAAUCCAAUCUUUCAGGCCAGGAGAGAGGAUGCUGGGAGGUAUUACUGUGCCGUCCAGGGACAGGAGAUGAUUCGAUCUGCCUCUGUGGCUCUCAAUGUUCAGUAUGCUCCAAGGAAAGUCUCGCUGUCAGUGAGUCCAUCAUCAGAAGUCCUCAAAGGGAGUGCGGUGACCUUCACAUGCAGCAGUGAUGCAAAUCCAACCGUGACACACAACGGAUACAGCCUGCAUAAAGAUGGACAUUUGAUCAGUUCAGGAGCGAAUCACAGCAUCUCUGACAUCCAGCCAAGCUACAGUGGACUGUUCUGGUGUCAGGCCUGGAAUAACAUCAGCAGGAGGGCCGUGGACCUGAUCAACUCUACUGCGGUUCACCUUGACGUACAGUACCCUCCAGUGAACAUUUCUGUGUCAAUGGACCCUCCUCAUGUCACUGAGGGCAGCAGUGUGAAUCUGACCUGCAGCAGCUCUGCUAACCCUGCAGUACAAAACUACACCUGGUUCAGGAGGACAGCUUCUCCCAGCUCCGGCUCGAGCUCCAUCUUCCAGGUGGGCUCAGGACAGGUGUUGUCUCUCCCCUCUAUGGAGGUGAACCACACUGGACUCUACCUCUGCCAGGCCAGGAACACAGUGGGGGAAACCAACUCAACUGAGGUGCUGCUGACCAUAAGUGCCAAAAAUCAUGGUGGUCAGUCUGUCCUCUUCUUGGCUGGAGUCGGAGUCUUUCUUUUCAUUGCACUUGUGCUCACUGUUUUUUUCUUCUGGAGGAAAAAGACUAACUACACAGUAAAAAAACUCUCCAACAUCUCCUGAAGAUGACGUAAUGUACUCAACAGUGACCAUCAAACCCAGAAUCCCAGAUGCUCCACAACACAUGAACAACAACAGAGCCAUGAGGGACUCCGCGUCCAGAGCGGGAGAAUAUGAGGAUGCUGUGAUCUACGCCACAGUGGCUAAAUCCCGCUGAGUCUGACUGACACCUUCUCCACCUGAGUCAAAAUCAAAACCAGCGAGUCGUCAUUCAUGUAAUGUAGCAGCAUGAGAAGAUCAAAGCUCAGUCUAUGAGGGGCUUAUCAGUGAGGUUUAAGAUCCUAGUCUUAAAACCACUUUCAUAAAUUUUCAACAUUUUCAACAGUAUCAGUGACAGUAUUUAUUGUAUUAAGUUAUAUUAUUAUGUUAUUUCAAGUUGUGUAUUUGUAUGUUCUUACUACUCUAUUCUCUAUUCUUAAAAACUUUAAAUAUGGAUGAUUAAAAGAUAUGCUUUUAUAUAAUACAGUAUUUGUUCUCAUGUUGUGUACCUCAGUAUAAUUGUUUUUCCAUUUUUGUAGUUUGUAGAGUUAAAUGUUUUAUUAAGUCUUUACUCAAAUACAAUACUCAAUGACAUAA